GGUCACGCCUCCAGCCGCACGAGCCGCUACCGCCAUCCAUCAAUCGAUUGUUGACCCUCCACCAUCCACCUUCACGAGAGCGUACGCGACCUCAUGCUCGCCCACGGCCGCCGCUAGCUGCUGCUCGACGAUGGCCGCGCCCACGCCGCCGAGCUCGUCUCCGCUGUUUCGCACGCCCGAGUCCGCCGCAUCCAAGGCCGCUCAACCUCUUCCGCGACCGUCGCUCCCGCUGUCGCCCAGCUCGCCCGGCGACGACUUCGACCCAGCCAAACCUCAGUCUGUCUCCAUCUCAAAACUCGUCGGUAUAUUCAAGGAGAUACGGCAGGGUUUGUGGAAGCAUCCGUCGCCGGGCUGGGCCAAAUACCGCGUCUCGGUCGAGGCGUAUCUCGAGCUGCUACAGCGCAUCGCCAACGAUCGCGACGACUCCUUCGUUGGCUGGUUCAACGACAAGGCUCGCUACGACUAUAACAGCGCCAAGGAGGAACUCAUUCUUCGCAUAGCCCCUACCCCUCUCCAUGACUGCUUCUGCGCUUUCGUGGUCAAGCGGAUCGAGGAUAAACUGGCUGCCCUAACCGCCCAACACCCUGUGGAGCUAGGCCCCGCACUCGUAGGAGUGCGUCCUUGCAGCACCGCCCGCGUCCGCUUUGACGCCUCCGACACGGACACGGACACCGACGAACUCAACCCCGACGCCGACCCAUUCACAUCACCCUCACCCGCCUCAUCGCCGACGUCGAGUCCAGACCAAAAGUCCCCAGACAAUCAGUUCCAGCACAACCUGGCACACUGGCCAUCCAUCGUCUUUAAGGUUGCCUACAGCCAGAAGGCCGAGGACCUUCCCAAGGUCGCCGACGACUACAUCUGCCUAACGGGCGGCAACAUCAGUGCCGUCGUCGGGUUGAAGGUCGACUACACGCCUCCCCGGGAAAAGGCACAGGCACGCGGCAUAAAGGCGCUAAAACCUCCGUCGAAGCAGGGACACGUUAUUAUGUGGCGCCUCCAGGAGUUCACAGAGACGUCCAAUGGCGAGGAAAUCCCCUACAAGGAGGUGACUGCAGUAACAGAAGAAAUCUUCCGUACCGCCACCGGCCGGUGCAUUCCCGGCACCCUCAGCCUCCCACUCACCGACUUCCUCCCCCCAGUCGUCCUCGAUGUCUACCCACAAGCGCGCGCCCUCACAGAAACGACUACCGUCGACAUCACACACGCGGAGCUCUGCGCGGAGCUCGCCGACGCAGAGGCGAGAGACAGGGUCAGAGCUCGUGGAAACGGGUUGAAGGCAGACGCGGACCCACUGAUUCGGAAGCGGAAGCCGGAGGAGGUCGACGGGAGGGAGAAGAGGAAGAAUGUAAGGGUGGAGAGGGCGGAUAAGCCGUAUAGGGGGAGGGCUUGAGGCUAGGAAGGUGGUGGUUAUUCUUUAGAGUUGGAUAGGACGAGUACUUGUGUUUUAAAUACCCCGGGCUUGGUUUUAUACCCAUGUUUUAUACCCAUAACUAGUCGUUCUAAAGCAGAGGCAACCAAGAAGCGUUUAAACAAGUAUCGCGAGGCCAGCGAGGCCGAGGAUACCGAGGACAUGCGUCU